CUCAUCCGUUGCUGUGUGUGCGUUUAGGGGAGCGACCCAAGAGCCGCAGUGAUACCCGUAAUGCUCUAGGAUGCUCUGCAGACUGAUGAUUGUAUGUGCGUCUGUUUUAACAAUAGGCCUUUGAUCAGAUCCGCAUAAAUCUGGGACAGAGGUGUUCUUCACAGCACGGAAUAACUGUAUCGCCGGACCCUGCGCUGAACGUCAUUAGACAGGGAUUUUAAUCUUGCUACGAACAAUAGGAUUUGAGUCUCAGCGAUGGAUAUUUUGAAGAAUAUAAUCAACGACACGGUUGAAUUCUACAAAUGGAGUCUUACUAUUGCAGACAAGCGUGUGCAGAAAUGGCCUUUGAUGGACUCCCCUCUCCCCACACUGGCUAUCAGCUUCUCAUACCUGCUCUUCCUCUGGCUGGGGCCAAAGUACAUGCAGGGCAGAGAGCCCUUCCAAAUGAGGAAGACCCUCAUUGUCUACAACUUUAGCAUGGUCAUCCUAAACCUUUUCAUAUUCAAAGAGCUCUUCCUUGCUGCACGGGCAGCUAACUACAGCUACAUCUGCCAGCCUGUAGACUACUCAGAUGAUCCUAAUGAAGUGAGGGUGGCAGCGGCCUUGUGGUGGUACUUUAUCUCCAAAGGUGUGGAAUACCUGGACACUGUGUUUUUCAUCUUACGCAAGAAGUUUAAUCAAAUCAGUUUCCUGCAUGUGUAUCACCACUGCACCAUGUUCACUCUGUGGUGGAUUGGCAUCAAAUGGGUUGCUGGUGGACAGUCAUUCUUUGGGGCUCACAUGAAUGCAGCAAUCCAUGUCUUGAUGUACUUGUAUUAUGGUCUGGCAGCAUUUGGUCCAAAGAUACAGAAAUAUCUAUGGUGGAAGAAAUAUCUGACCAUUAUCCAAAUGAUCCAGUUUCACAUCACCAUUGGCCAUACCGCUUUGUCACUCUACUCCGACUGCCCAUUCCCUAAGUGGAUGCACUGGUGUUUGAUUGGAUACGCCCUCACCUUCAUCAUCCUCUUCGGGAACUUCUACUACCAGACGUACCGUUGGCAGCCCCGCCGUGAGGCUACGUCCAAACCCAGCAAAGCAAUUUCUAAUGGAGCGUCUAAUGGAUCCCUUACGGCUAGCAACGGAAACGCUGCCAAGAUGGAUGAGAAACCAAUAGUGGCUGAGAGUGGGAGGAGAAAGCGGAAGGGCAGAGCAAAGCGUGAAUAAAUCCAGAUCACAAAGAAAACCAGACACAGGCAGGCGUCCAUACAGAUGCAAGAGAGACCACAGUUGCGGAGAGACUCAUUAGCAGGUCAAAGAUGAGUGAUUCACUGCUGCAGUGAAUCAGAUGGGUGUAUCAGCUAAUAAUAAUUAAAAAAAAAUGCUUUGAAUAAACAGUAUGGUGAGUUUCUGCAACAGAGGGGUAGAAAUAUGAGCUUAAAUGUAAAGAGACUGGAAUACAUACAGUUUCCCAAAGUAUUUAGACACGUUUGGACACUAAAGUCGCACUUAUUAUAUCUGAAUGUCAUUGCAUUAGAUAACAAAAUAUCAAACCAAGAGGCAUCUGCAAACAAACGCUUCUAGAGCUUUCUCAGAAUUACUUUUCUGAGCCAUUUUUGGAGUGACAUUUUAUCAACUGGUGUCGCAGUGAUUUUUAGUGGAUGAAUGAAGUCAGUUCUCCUUAAGUUUACACUGGUGUCCUAACAGAGUAACCACAGGUGUAGUUCAGCACAUUAACUAUGAACAUGUUCCUCUAACGUUUGACAACCACAAAGUCUACAAAAUACUUUUUGGUUUUAUUUUGAACAGUAUAUUUUUUAGAAAUUAGAAUCUAACAAAUGUAUUAUUUUUUUAAAAAAGUGAUUGUUUUAUGUUUCUUAAAUAAAUGCCACUUGGUAUGAUAUUUCAUUAGCUAAUGCAAAGACAUUCAAGCAUUUUUUUAGUGUGGCUUAUGUGUCUGAAUAAUUUUGGGGUCAAUGUAUUAUUAAUUCUUAAGAGGAUCUUAUCAAAGUAUGACAUAUAUCAUCUAUCCUUAUGUUUGUUACUUUAUUCUACAAAUGUAUCUGCCUUUUUUACAUUGGUGUCCUAAUGCCAGAUAAAACCUGUCUCAUCGUUGUAAAAUGAAAGAAAGUAUUUUUUUAUAUAAUUUAUUAAAGUGGGGUCCAAACAUCUGAGACCACAAGUGAAAAUGCUUUUGUUUUUAUUUUUAAUUUUUUCUAAUUUAAUAAUAAAUAAAAAAAAAUGACAAAUGAUAUAGUCAGCAUAAUAAUUUAAGUGAAAAGUUGAGCUGGCAUGGACUCCACAAGUGAACAUAAAUGAUCAAGUUAUCCAGCAUGAUUUGAAAAUGUUCCAAAGACAGUUAACAUGUUCAAUGUCACAAAUUUUCUUACAAUUGAAUAGUGACCUUUAAAUAGUACAGAAUCUUCUUUUUUUUAUGUGUUUUCCCCCCAGACUUUUAAUUUCCACUUAAAAUCACAGAUUUGUAAUGUGAUCUCAGUUAUUUGGACCUCACUGCAUAUCCAUUUUGGAAACAUAUUUCUGUGUCUAUUUAUUUUAAAUUUCAUAUUAUAUUUUAAUUGUCUGUUAAAACCUGUGUAGCUGCUGAAUAUACUAUAAAGCAGACACUGUGUGGCACUGUAGCUUAUUUCAAAAUUAGGGAUGCAUUGAUAUUUAACUGCUACAGAUAACCAAUAAUUGUUUUGACCAAUAAACGGUAUGAUUUAUAUUGUUUUAUCUGUUGUUUAAAAAAACAAAUAAAACAGUGAUCACAGUGAAAUCACAAAGAAUGUUACAUGCUUCAAGUAAAAUCAGACAUCAAAAAAUGUUAAUGUACAAUUUUGUUAGUUUGGCUUAGAAAAAGGGUUUACUGUUUAAAUUCAGGGGAGCUUUGCUAGUUUUAGCUGCUUCCAGUCUUGGCCAAAUCAGACCAAUUUUGCUCAGUUCUGAUUUAGUCACAUGUAUAUCAUGCAUCCCUAUUGAGAAUAGCUUUUGACAUCACCUACCAAGAGGUUACUAAAUAUCAGCAACUGUCUCAGUUAUAAGCAUAAGAUACAUAGCUUUUAGUUUUCAUUGGAAAAUUAUAACCUUAUAUUAACUGUAAAUAGAAGUGGGAAAUAUGUUUGUAGCUGCAGAAUUGCAUUCAUUGUACAUAUAUAAAGUCCUAAGAUGCUCCAUCCCAUAGUUUUUCAUUUCAUGUAGUUAUGAAUCCUAAAAUACACGUGUUUUGUCUUGAAUUUUUUAUAAUGUUGUAUAACCUGUGUAAUUUUGUACAUUGUGCUUUUGAAAAUGCAAUGAUUAUCAACAGCUCUGGCAUUUUCGUUUCAGAUAUACAUUGCUGUAUAUAAAAUAAACUGAAAGCCGAUGCAUAGUCAGUCAAGUCUCUGAGAUUCUGUGUCUAAAAAGCCCUUUCUCUCUCUGUUAGUGUCAUGCAGUGACAUCAUUUUAUACUUCAUAUAAAACUACU